GGUUGGUGGUAGUCGUAGUACUGGUCUUGGCGAUGAUAACAGUGUACAGCGCAAAAAUAUUACCACCAGCAAUAGUAUCGCCAGCCUCCUCCGCGAAGGGUUGUUUUUAUUAGCGCACUAUCUCGCGCUGCGUCGUUCUGCAAAUGCGAAGGAAUGCGUAAGUUUGCUGCAGCUUCUGCUCAGUGUUGCAACGACUGCAUCGAGAGUCAAACGGCUUACCCUAUCUCCAGCCAAGAUCGGAUUAGUCGUAAAACUGUUCAAUAGUUGCGGAGCUAAACAGUACUAACCCCCACUUUUACUGUACUCGCUGGUGCUUCGACUCGCGUUAUUGGAAAAGUUCUUUGUGCUCGGUGAGUGUAUGCAUGAGUCAUCAGCAGGGGCACGCGAAACCGUGUAAUCUUCUAUUCUUAACCACGGCCGGACAAAAACGCUGUUAAAAGAUAGCGCAAGGAAGGAAGUUCACUCGGUAGGGGCGUUGUGUCGUACAGUCGAAGUGGAAGAUCUUCUGUGGACAAAGGCAACACUUGAUGUAGUACGGCCGGACCGAAAAUGGACGAAAGAGAGACAACGGAUGAUCGGCUUCCUGUGGUUGACCUUGGGCCAGAACCAACCCAACCGCCCAGGCUCGAGCGAAAGUAUCGAUAUUUAAUCCUGGAACCCGCCGUACUGCUGAUAUUCUUCGCCUGGAACGUUUCCUCUGCUGUAUUCGCUAAUCAAAUCGUAUACCAGACCUGUACUGGCGCGUUCGGGAAGAACAAAUCGCUGUGCGAUCAGCUGGGCACGGAAAAUGAAACGGAAGAGAUCCAGCAGCUGGAAAAAGCGAUCCAACCAUACUCGGCUAACAUCCUGAUGGCAAAAUCGCUGGUCGAAUCGAUCAUCCCGGCACUGGGCAGCAUGUUCAUCGGUCCGUGGUCGGACCGGUACGGCCGCAAGCCGGUGAUAGUGUCGUGCUUUACGGGUGCCUUUUUAACGUACGCGAUCGUGGCAUUGAUCAGCUUCCUGUCCAUGUACUACACCAUCAACCCGUGGUACUAUGUGCUUGCCUCGAUCACGACGGCGCUGUCCGGUGGUACCUGUGCGCUGAUUACGGGUGUAUUCUGCUACAUUGCCGAUGUGACGGUGGAGAAAACUCGCGCGACCAAAAUGGCUAUCGUGGAGGCUGCCGUAUUUACCGGGCUGCUGGCGGGUACGCUAAGCAGCAGCUACAUACUUCGCUGGACGAACGGUACGACCGUGUUUGCGAUCGCAGCCGGGGCCGUGUUUCUUGGCCUGAUGUAUAUAAUAUUCUACAUCGAGGAGAGCAUCAAACCGAACGAGCUGAGCGAAACGAAUAACAGGGCGCGGGAGCUGUUCCGGCUCGAUUUGGUGUCGGAGUUGAUGCAGACUUGCUUUAAACGGCGCCCGAACUAUGAUCGUUUGAUCAUUUGGUUGGUAAUAUUAGCCCUUGCGGCCAACAUCUUCGCGAUGGAUGGCUCCCAAACGGUGUUUCUGCUGUUUCUGCGGGAGCGCUUUGAGUGGACGGUGAAGGAUUACUCGUACUACGAUGCGUCGGCUAUCGUAUUUAUGAUUAUUGGCAACACGGCGGGCCUGUACGUCAUUCGCAAGCUGUUCAACCCGUCCGUCACUGUGCUGGCCGCCCUCGGGUACUGCUGCUACGCGAUCAACAGCACCAUUCAAGCGCUGGCCUCAGAACCAUGGCAUUUGUACAUGGGCACAGCGAUUUGCUUUAUGAAAGGCAUUGCGGGACCGAUGAGCAGAGCCGUUAUCUCAAACACGGCACCGCCCAAUGAUAUUGGUAAGAUUUUCUCUCUGACAACGUCGAUUGAAUCGAUCACGCCGCUGUUCUCGGCCCCGCUGUACACGUUCGUGUACAAGAGUACCCUCGCUUGGUACCCGGGCGCAUUUAACCUAAUCACUGCCACCGUCUACUUCACCUGCGCGUGCCUUAUGAUAUUUGCCAAGAUUUUCCAAAGUAUGUAUCAAACGACUACAUACACGUCAAUCAAUUAAGUAAGCACAAAUGGGGACCUUUUAUUUACACCAUUAACAAUUUCUAACACACUCAUGGGAUGUUGGUACCACUAUCUUGAUUCUCUGAAGAUAUUUAGAAUGUGAUAAAUAAAUUAUUUUAAUACAGCAAA